UCAACCAUUAGUGUGUACCCUCCUCACCAAAAAAGAAUAAAAACUCUCACAACCAAACCCCAAUUCACAGCAAAACCAUAACCACAAUUCCCACUUCUCUCUUAUCUAUACAAUAUCCCAUCUCCUUUUUCUUCUUUUAUCUCUUGCUCUCAUCAAAAUCCCAGCACCUCUCCUCUCGCUGCUAAUAAACUUCAACUCCCAUUUCUGCGGCGGCGGCUGCAGCCCAGUGGUUCUUGUUUUUUCUUUAUUUAUUGUGAUCUGUAAAAAAAAUCUAAAGAGUACAAGAACAAGGGUUAAAAUCCCAGGGUAGACAAGUUGUAGACAUCACGGCUAUACACGGAGUAACUCGGUCCCUAAUUCAUGUCCGGGCUGUUCGACGUAAGGGCUGUGUAAUAGAGAGCAGCAACCCUUCGCCGCACGGUGGACGUGGUGCUUUACCCUCGGAAGGCGGUAGCCCUUCUGAUCUCCUCUUUCUAGCUGGUGGCGGUUUCUUCUUCUUCUGUUUAGUAGUAGUUUAGUGCUAUUGUUGUUGUUAAUUAUUAUUAUUAUUAUUAUUAAAUCUAAAAUAAAAAGCCAGUCUGCAAAUAAGUAAAAGUAUUAGAUCUCGAAUAAGCGAACAAGAUGAUGCUAAGGAUCAAGAGGGUUCCUACUGUUGUUUCCAAUUACCAGAAAGAGGACGGUAAUGAGGGUUCUCGCCGCGGAGGGGGCUGCGGCCGCAAUUGCCUUCAAAAUUGUUGUCUUCAAGACGCAUGCCUUCCUUUAUAUGCUUUCAAGAAAGUGGACAGUAUUGUCUCUAAGAAGAAGGGUGUGGGUGUGUUUGAGUAUGACAAGGGGGAGCCUCCAGUUGCAUUCCUCGACUCGCUUCUUCUUGGGGAGUGGGAGGACCGUGUGCAGAGAGGGCUCUUUCGCUAUGAUGUUACUGCCUGUGAAACCAAGGUGAUACCGGGUCAGCAUGGUUUUAUCGCUCAGCUGAACGAGGGCCGUCACUUGAAGAAGAGGCCAACUGAAUUCCGUGUUGAUAAGGUUCUUCAGCCCUUUGACGGAAACAAAUUUAACUUCACUAAAGUUGGCCAAGAAGAGGUGCUCUUCCAGUUUGGUGCAAGUGAAGAUGGGGAAGUUCAGUUCUUCCCAGAUGCACCUAUUGAUCCUGAGAAUUCUCCAAGCAUGGUCGCCAUCAAUGUGAGCCCUAUUGAAUAUGGGCAUGUGCUGUUAAUCCCACGUGUUCUGGACUGCUUGCCACAGAGGAUUGAUCGUGAUAGCUUCAUGCUUGCAAUUUACAUGGCAGCUGAAGCUGGGAAUCCAUACUUCCGACUGGGUUACAAUAGCUUGGGUGCUUUUGCAACCAUUAACCACCUUCACUUUCAGGCUUACUACUUGGCCGUGCCAUUUCCGAUUGAGAAGGCACCCACCAAGGAGAUAACUACAUCAGAUGGUGGCGUGAAAAUCUCUGAGCUUGUGAAUUAUCCUGUGAGAGGCCUAGUCUUUGAGGGUGGAAAUGCCCUGCUAGAUUUAUCAAACGGUGUCUCGGAUGCCUGCAUUUGCCUUCAAGAAAACAACAUACCUUACAAUGUGCUCAUUGCUGAUUGUGGAAACCGUAUCUUUCUCCUUCCACAGUGUUAUGCUGAGAAACAAGCUCUAGGGGAAGUAAGUCCUGAGCUUCUUGAUACCCAAGUGAACCCUGCCGUGUGGGAAAUUAGUGGUCAUAUGGUGUUGAAGAGGAAAAAAGACUAUGAGGAGGCAUCUGAAGAGAAUGCUUGGAGGCUUCUUGCAGAGGUUUCUCUCUCUGAAGAGAGAUUCCAAGAAGUGACUGCUCUCAUCUUUGAAGCCAUUUCCUACCGUAGUUGUGUCAUUGGAACUGAUUCUGAGAACUUGCUGGAGGAUGUAAAUGUGGAACAUCAACUUGUCGAAGAAGUGAAUGCUAUUAAUGAAAGCUCCCAUCAAGCCAUGGUUACUGGGAAUCAGGAUUGCCUAGUUCUGCAUUGAGAAUUGGGCUUUGGUGAUCGGGCCAGUGACCUUAUCUGGUUCUCAGAUAAGCAUAUGGUAGCGUGGCAUAUUAGUCGUCAUCUAUUAUGUGGGUGUGGAUUUUGGAAGUAGUCUAAAUAAGCAAACUAGGUUUGCAUUGUUACGCCUGGUGUGGAUUGUUAUGUUUGUAUUUCUGCAUGUGUAUUUAGCAGAUUGACCAUGUAAUGUGGUAUGUGCAUGUAUUGCAUGGGAUUUGUGUAAAAAUACUAUGGAAUAUGUGCGCUCUUGUGGAACUUGAGCAUCUUUUCGUCA